CCGAAAGAAUGAAACCAGGCGUGGUGUGUGGAAUAUUCUACAUUUGUUCGUUGUGUUGACGAAAUCCUUCUGAGAAUAGUCAUCGGUAGUCAUGCGGUUGUUAUUCUUCACUUCCCUCUAGCCCUUUUCUAUACCAAUGUCACGAUGAUUCAUUAACGAAACGCAUUUCUUUUAAAUUGUUUAAUGUUGAGUAAGCAAUGCCUGAAACGAAAGUAAGUUUAUAUAGGUAUCGAUUCGCUCUUACCACCUGCCCAUCCGUUGUGGCCCAUCCCUGAAUAAACUAUUAUUUACGAGUCACUAUAAUAUAAAAGGGUACUUCAUUCGACGGCAGACAGGAUGAUUUGAGAAACGAUUUAGGAUUUUGACAGCUUCGACGUCAUUAUGCAGUCCUCUUUGGGUAUGGGAGCAGUGUCUGGUGAUACCGUAGUAUUCUUUGAUUUGGAGACUACCGGAUUAGACACAUCCAUAUGUGACAUCAUCCAGCUGUCGGCCAUCAGCGGGGAGAGGGCAUUCAACGUGUACUCUGUUCCUCGUUGCACCAUGACGGGCGAGGCCUCCAGGAUCACAGGGUUCACCGUCGGGGACCACCGGACCCUGCUCCUACACGGUCGACGGGUGGACACCAUCCCACUCAGGGAGGUCCUCACCUCCUUCAUCUCCUUCCUCCGCUCCUUCCACAAGCCCCUGCUGGCGGCCCACAAUGCCCGGCGCUUCGACUGCCCCGUGCUGGCCAGGGCUCUGAGGGAAUGCUCCCUGACGGAUGAGUUCCAGGAAGUAGUGUCUGGUUUCCUAGAUACUUUCAGGAUUAGUAAGGUGAUGUUUCCAUUCAAACUGGGCAAGUACUCUCAGGAGUACAUGGUGAAGGAGUUCCUCAAUAAGACGUACGAUGCUCACAACGCCUUGGAGGAUGUCAAGGCCCUGCAGGAGCUCUAUCAAAAAUGGAGUCCCAGCCAGGAACUGGUGCGCCGUCACACCUUCCCCCUGUAACAUGCCUCUAACCCAUACACUAGAUGGGUUUUCUGGUCGAGGGAAGCAUCUGUAAAAAAAUAUAUAUAUAUAUAUAUAUAUAUAUAUAUAUAUAAAAUAAUAUAUUAUUACACAUGCAGGUUUUUUCAGUGUUUUCACAGUGUAUUUCCACAGUUACUUGUUUCUGAUCGAGGGAAGCAUCUGUAAAACAAACAUAUAAUAAUAUUUUAUUACACACUCAGGUUAUUUGUGUGCUCUGGUCUUUCCUGUGCAUAUAGAACUUUUGUGGAUGAUCUUGUCCACAGUAUAAAAAUAAGAAAAUGUAACUGUAAGUAUUGUCAUGCACAAUUUUAGCAAACAAUAAUCAUGUGGUAGCGUGUGUAAAAAAAUAAAAAUAAAGUUUUUAAACAUGCUUUAUAAAAUUGUUAUUUGAAAAUUGUUGUUAAUUAAAGUCUGAAACAGG